AUGGGACACAGUAGUGACAGUACUGCAUUGUUCCUCCUUCUUUCAUUUUUACUACUAUCAGGAACUUCAUACCUUGACAGAGUCACACUUGGUUUCUGCAAUGCAGAUCCUAAUGUGGGUUGCAUGGAUAUCGAGAGGAAAGCCCUUCUGAAGCUCAGAGAGGGACUCACUGAUCCUUCAGAUCGGCUUUCAUCUUGGGUUGGAGUAGAUUGCUGCAAAUGGAGAGGUAUAGGCUGCAACAAGACAACUGGACGCGUGGAUAGCCUUAAUCUUCGCAACCCGUAUGUAGAUGUUUCGGAGAGUGAUGAUGGAACACUGCAUGCUUUAGGAGGUGAGAUCAAUCCUUCAUUGCUUGUUUUGAAAGAUUUGGUUGACUUGGAUUUGAGCAUGAAUAACUUUGGAGGUCUAGAACUUCCAAGUUUCAUUGGAUCACUAGAAAAAAUAACAUAUCUCAAUCUAUCUGGUGCAUCAUUUGGUGGAGUAAUUCCCGCCAAUCUUGGAAACCUUUCAAAAUUGCUUCAUCUUGAUCUCAGUAAUAAUGCUGUUGAGAGUGAUCUCAGAUGGCUUUCCAGUCCUUCUUCCUUACAGUUUCUUAACUUGGGAGGAGCAAACCUUACCAAGGCUGCACCAUAUUGGCUUCCCACUGUUAAUAUGCUCCCUUCACUUCUUGAAUUGCAUUUGCCUGGCUGUGGACUUUCCAUCCUUCCACCUGCUCUUCCUCAUAUCAAUUUCACAUCACUUUUGCUUCUUGACCUCUCUGCCAAUGGUUUCAACUCCACACUUUCUCCCUGGUUGUUCAAUCUGACUGAACUAGUCAACCUUGACCUAAGUAGGAACAGUCUCAAUGGAGAACUUCCAGAAACACUCGGGAGUUUGACUCAUCUGAAGAACCUUGAU